GGCAUCAGCCGGACUCCGAUGUCUUUGGAUUCGAAGUGGGCGCCUCUCGGUGGAUAAACACAGCGAUCUCCGGUCUCUCACAACAGCCGGUCUCAUUCGGAGAGUUUCUUUCUCGAGUUGAGAAUGAGUUUCAGUUUCUUGGACAAGCUGUCUCCCAACACCGACGAUGAGGAAAAGGAUGAGUUCGAUCAGAUCACCUGUCCGAAUACGUUUGACGACGAUUCUCAGGUUGAUCGAUUUUUCGACACUCACAAAUCAACGCCUUCUCCAAAACUUCGUCGUUCCCAGAGACUGAAGAAGAAACAGAAUGAUGGCAAAGACAAAGUUGUCGCACCACCGAAGAAAACCGUCGAAUCGAAGACCCCACCAAAAUACUCAUCCUCGAUAUCGAGUUAUGGAUCGUGCGCCUCGUCGACACCUUACGGAACACCGCCAGUCGACGUGAAGAAAGUCACAACCACUCCUGGGCCUCCGCCUCGGUCGCUUCUCAAGUUAGCCCUCGGCAAUGCCGUCCGUAACAAAGCAUUACACGACGACGUGACCAUCGUGGCGCCCCCGAAGCGCACAGGUCCGCGGACAUCGACACCAAAACAAGCCACCAAGGUUGUCAAGUUAUCUCGUAGCGUCAAAGAGAACCUGACCCCUCCGAUUGCCGAGGAACCGAAAACCGUGAAGAAGAACUCGCUGAGGAAGAGCAUGCUCACCGACAACUCGAGGACAGUCGUGAAAUCAGAGGCUGUGAAACGUCCCUUUUCGAGCACCGUCACGAAAACCAACGUUCGAUUGACGACUCUCGCUCCUAUCCGAGUUGUCGCUCCUCGGAUCGACGCCGGACCUUCCAGAACGAAAUCGGUGAGGUCUUCCGCGAGACCCGGGACGAAGCCUGAGUCGGGCAAUGGCCAAUCGGUUCAGAACCCAAAGAAGUCUAUCUCGGAGAAAAUAGCUCCAGACCGACCGCAACGGAAGAAGAGCCUCAAGACGAUCGUCAAAAAAAGGGUUAGCGACAACAAACAAAAAGAAGCAAUCAAAAACAGAGUUGCCCUGGCGAGGAAAACAGCAGCGGCCAAUCGGCUACCGGCGAAAACGCAGAAAGCCACCGCGGGUCAAUACAGUCACGUGAAGAGUAGAGUGGCUGAGAUGAUAAACAGUGGUCCAGCUGUCAGUGGGCCGAACGUGCGAGACAUGAAGAAACGCGCAGCGGAUGUGAAGGCUGUGAAGAAGGCUCUACACGACAAACCCUUCAUCCCGGCUGGCAAAGUAAAGAGCAACGCGGUUCCUGAACUGAUGCCCGGGGAUUUGACCGUCAACGGACAAACCAUGGCUCAGUUCGUGAAGAAUUUCCAGUAUCAAACGCCUCCUCGUUACCGGAGCCUGAAACCCACAGACCGGUUCCAGAACACCCGGGUGAAUCAUAGCGUCCAAUGUCCGGCUCCUACGAUACCGAAAUCCCCGAAAUUCGCCACAAAGGAUCGUCGGAGGAACGCUACGAAGCAAGUCUGA